GUAAAAUUGGGUGAGGGCAUUGCUUUGAAAGAGUAUUUUUAUUUAUUCUUUUAAAGAAAGUAGAUUAAUAGAAAGAUUGAUCAGUUCAAAUACCUGGAAUAUUUAAACCAGUUUUAUGUUAACCUAAAAAAAUUAUUUUGUAGGCAUUUUGAAGUUUGACCUCCUUUUUGUCCUAAAUUGAUUUUAAAUCAGUAUCAAAUGCUGAGGACCAGUAAAUGAAACACUCAUAUGUUGUUUUGAGCAAAAUUUUUUAUAUUAUGAAAAUAUUAUAACUUUGAAGUUGAUACUUAAAAUACUUGAGCCAAAGUUUCUGCCUUUAUGUGGGACAUUUUCAUGAGCUUUCUUAUAUCAGUUUGCUUACUUGCUUUUCAUAGAGUUGAGCGAGACUGUAGCAAGAGACCCAGGGACAUCUUAACAUCCUUGAAUAUUUCUGAAUCUUUCUAAGGAAAUUGAUUUUUUUUUUUUUUUUUUUUUGAGACAGGGUCUUGAUUUGUUACCCUGAUGUGAUCACUGCUCACUGUAGCCUUGAUCUCCCUGACUCAAGCAGCCCUUCCACCUGAGCCUCCUGAAUAGCUGGGAUCACAAGCGUGCACCACCAUGCCUGCCUUCUUUUUAAUUUUUUUGUAGAGAUGGGGUCUCCCUAUGUUGCCAAGGCUGGUUUUAAAUUUUUUCUAGAAACGAGAUCUCGCUAUAUUGCCCAGGCUGGUCUUAAAUUCCUAGCUCAAUCAGUUCUCCCACCUUGGCCUCCUAAAGUGUUGGGAUUAUAGGUGUGAGCCAUGGAGGCUGGCCAGGAACUUGAUUUUCAGGGAGAAGCCUAUUCAGUGUUUCCUUGGACUUCCUCAGCCUGGUUUUAUCAUAGCAUAUUAUAAGAUGAUAAACUGAAACCAUCUGAUUUGAAAUCACCAACCUGGGAAAUACCAGUCAGAAAUUAAUUCUAUUUUUAUGACAUUCUUAAAAGACUGUUUAAAACUGACCAAAGUAAAAAAUCUUCUUUUAGAGUUAUAAGUGUGUAAAAAAAAGGCAUAUUCAAAAUAAUGUAUAUAUUUAAGUUUACUGGACAGAUUUAAAUUUGUGUUCUUUGUGUAAGGCAUAGAUUGGAAUGUUUGCUACAGGUAUUUUUUGGAACACAGAUUUUGGAUUGCUGUUUGCUUAUAAAUAUACAUGACUGCUGACCUUCAGAACUGCUUUAAAUUUCUCAAAAAAUUUUCUCAUUAUAUGCCAGGCUCAGUGGCUUGUGUCUGUAAUCCCAGCUACUUGGGAGGCUAAGUCAAGAGGACUGCUUGAGGCCAGUAGUUCGAGACCAGCCUGGGCAACAUAAUAAGACUGCAUCUCUAAAAAAAUUUUAAAAACUAGCUGAGCGUGAGUAAUGUGCACGUAGUCCCAGCUGCUUGGGAGGUUGAGGCUGAAGGAUUGCUUGAGCCCAGGAGUUUGAGGCUACAGUGAGGUGUGAUCAUGCCACUGCACUCCAGCCUGGGUGACAAAGGGAGACCCUGUCUCUUAAAAGAAUUUUCUUAUUAUAAUAGAUACAUUUAUCUCUGAUUUACUCAGUACUAUAACCCCAUUUAAGUAGUUUGAAGAGAUUAAGGUUAAGUCCUACUGUUUUUAGUAUGACUACAGUAGUUGCCACUUUAAACAAUUUUUGAAAUACUUUAGGCAUAAAAAAGGAUAUAGAACAAUAUAAUAAAUUCCAUAUACCUACUACCUAAAGUAAUAAAAAUCACAGUUAUUGUUGAAGCUUAUUGGGCACCUCUUUCCCAUCCUAGUCCUCUCCCUUCCCAGCUGUGACCAUUAUUCUCAAUUUGAUAUUUAUUCUCUCCCUGCAUUUUUACAAACUUUUUCUGUAUAUAUAUAUAUGUAUCCACUAAAAAAAAAAAGACAAUGUUUGGAUUGCAGGGAAAACUAAAAUUGUAAUAUUGUUUUAUAUGUUUUUAAGCUUUGUAUAAGAGGUUAAACUUUAUUGGUACAUGUAGUUAUAGUUUACUCAUUUUAAAUGCUGUAGAUAUUUGAUAUAAUGGAGUGUGAAAGUAAUACAUGUUUUUUGUAGGGAAUUUUAAAAAUAAAGGGAAGUAUGAAGAUGAUAAAAAUUUGUAGCCCAGCUAUCCAGAGAUACUACAGUCAAUAUUUUGGUUUUUUCCUUUGCUUCUUCUCUUCCCACUUAUGUGUGUAUUUUUUGGUACCCUUUAAUAUAAAAGGGACCCAGUUUUAAGGAUUACAUAAAAUUGCAAAACAGCUACAUAAAGCCUGUAAUCCCAUUUUAAUUGAUUCUUAGUUGAAAAGGGGGAAAGAAAAUGAAUGAGCAUUAUAUAUCAGACAUACUUGGUAAAUUUACUACCUAUACCAGAUAUUGAUAGUCUAUUUCUUAGUAUGCAAACACCAUAGAAGUGGCAUCUGGAAAGAGGCUGUAUUACUGAACAUGCUUUUAAAUUUAUAUGAGAUUUUUCUAGUAAACAAAUUUUCCAGAUAGGUGAUGCUUAUCUUUUUAAAUGUUAAAUACUGUUCUGGUUUUAACCAUUUUUUAUGGGAAAAAGGAAAAUAAAAAGCCUACAAGUAUUUCUGUGCUCAUUAAGCCAGAAUACUGUGGUGUGCUUAUAAUUUUAUCUUUUCUUGGCAACUCGAUGUCACUGUGGAAAGCACUGAUUACUGAACUGUAUUGUGACUCCUUUUGUUCUAGGUGCCUUUGAACCCUUGUGCACUUUUUAGUUAGAUCUUUAUUAACAUGCUAUGCCACUGCAGGGAGGGAGCAGGAAAAGCAUGAUACACAAUUUAAGACAAGUGCCACCAUAGGCUACUGUUGGCAAACAAGAGCUCCACCAAACUUUUUAAAGUGAAGAAGCAGCAGUCUGAGCCAUUUUUUUCACCAGUGGCAGGAGGGGGAGACUUCCACCAGCAACAUGGAACCUUCAGUGGAUGCAGCUGACCAACCCUCCUGACUUCUCAGUCUUUUCCCACCACUGCUCACCCUUUAUGUUCAGAUGUAUUCAGCACUAGAUAACCAUACUUAUUAACUAUAAGUGAUGUGUGUGUGUGUGUAUGUGUAUAUAUAUAUAUAAAACUGUACUUUAAGAAUAAAUAUAUAUAAACUAUGUGUAACAAAUUUAUAAUAUAUAAACUAUAAAUCUGUGAAAGUAUUCAGCAUUAUAUAACGGCAGGCUGUGGUGAUUUAGAUUGGUGGAGCUCCUGACCACGCCUGAAAAUCCCUGUACCCCACUUUGACCGUGAUUUUUUAAGGGAAUAUUGUUUUUUUACAUCUGUAUUUAAAAUAUAUAUAUAUAUAUAUAUAUAUAUAUACACACACUUUAUUUUUUAGAGCAGUUUUAGCUUUACAUAAAAAUUGAGUGGAGAGUAUGGAGAGUUACCAUAUUCUCUCCUACCCGUUUCCUUUAUUAAUAUUUUGCUGUUGUGUGGUAGAUUUGUUACAGUUGAUGAACCAAUAUUAACAGAAGUCCAUAGUUUACAUUCAAGUUCAUUCUGUGUGUUUGUGCAGUCUGUGGAUUUUGACAAAUAUAUAAUCAUUCAGAAUGGUUUCACUAAUCCAGAAGUCUCCUGGUGCUCCUGUGUUCCGUCCUUUCUCUAACCCCUGACAACUAUUUUUUUUACUGUCUCCAUAGUUUUGCCUUUUCCAAAAAUGUCAUAUGGUUGGAAUCAUACAAAUGUAGCCUUUUCAGAUUGGCUUCUGUCACUGAGCAAUAUGUAUUUAAUGGCUUGAUAACUUUUCAUGGCUUGAUAACUCAUUUCUUUUUAAUGCUGAAUAAUAUUUCACUGUAUGGAUGUACCACAAGUUGUUUAUCAUUCACAUACUGAGUAACAUCUUGGUUGUGUUCAAGUUUUAGCAAUUGUGAAUAAAACUGCUGUGAAUAUUUAUUUGUGUGCUGGUUUUUGUGUGGACAUAAGUUUCAGCAUAUUUGAGUAAAUACCAAGGAGUGCAGUUGUUGGAUCCUAUGGUAAGACUAUGUUUAGUUUUGUAAGAAAUUCCAAACAGGCUUCCAAAGUGGCUGAUGUAUAUAUUUUCAGGUUGCUCAUGUGUUUUUCAAAAAUACCUUACUCAGGUAUAUUGAUAGGAUUACAAGUAAUUGAGGUCUGUGGGGCUGGUUGUCCCUACAUAAAUAAUACCAGCUGGUUGUACUUCGCUUAUUCUUGUUUGCUUUCUCUUUUCUUUAUCUAUUUUUUUCCUUUUCCUUGUGUUUUUACUCUCUUUAUCUUGCUUUACCAGUUCUGCUUUGUCCUCAGAAAUCAGAGGACUGCAUUUGUUGGAAUAGUGUACAAAUUUAAAAGGCAAAAUAAAACAAGUCCAAGUCCUUUCUCAGGGUCUGUAGACUGUUGGGGAUGGUUGAGAUUGUAGCAUUAAGUAAGGUAUUGUUGGAGCAUUAAUUUGACUAUAUAGAAUAUAAUCUUCAGAGAUGGGAAAAGGGAAACAAUACGUUAAUAAAACUUGCUUUCCUUUGUAAUUUGUUAAUUAUAGGGCAACUGUAUAAAAUGUUUUAAGACUAUGAUAGCAGAAGAGUUUUGGUUUUUUUCCUACCUUUCUCUGGGAGAGCUUUUCAGCUUCUACUGUUACAGUUUUUGUUUGUUUGUUUGUUUGUUUUUUAAGCACACCACCUUCGGGAGUGUUACAGUUCUUUAAAGAGGACCGAGCCUUUGCUUAAGGCUAGUUUCAUACUGUUUGUGUAAUUCUGUUUGUAUGUGCAUUUGUACAUACCCCCAACUGUAGCAGAAUAUCAAUAGAUUCUGUUCUCCCAGGAGAAGGACAAGGACUGUAUCCAAUCUUAUCUGGGGUAUGUAUCCAAAUGACCUAAGACAGUCUUCCUAAUAAACACUUUUGGACCGCAGGGUUCAGACUCUCCUGGGGUGGAAUCUUUUUUUGUUACCUUUCUUUCUGCCUGCUCGUUUGAGUCAGGAUGCAUGCAAGGCCCACGUCUCCAGUGCCCCCAAGUGGUUGUCUAGGUUUUGCAAGAGGACAUCUAGUGAUGGGAGAACUCACUGCUUCCAGCCACUCUGUCUAUACACCCCGUUAGAAAAAUGAUCUGUUGACCAGAAUUUUGCCAUAAUUUCUUACCUUUUUUUUUUUAUUAGGGUCACAGACUUAAUCUAAUUCCUCUUCCUCAUAAUGGUCUUUUAAUAUUUUAUGAGAGAGAUCCUAAAGUUUUUCUUUAGAUUUAAACACCUCUUAUUUUUCUAACUAUUCAUUAAUUAAGCAUUUUCAUAGUCCCAGUGAAAUAUAACGGGCUUUUUCUCGUAUCUUUAAAAGUGGAGUGCCCAGGGCUAAGUACAGGAGUGGUCUUUGUUCACAUUGUGCAUAUGUUGCUUGUCAUGUGAUACUUUUUUUUCCAGACUAAAUUUACUGUGAGCCAGUGUUUCUGAAUCUUUUUACUUUCUCUGUGAUGAUGACACAAGUCUCCAUCAUCCUGUUUUUGUUCAAUGGAUUGUGGGUUUUUUUCCUUUUUUUUCGAAACAGAGUCUCACUGUGUUGCCCAGGCUGGAGUACAGUGGUGUGAUCUCGGCUCACUGCAACCUCCAUCUCCUGGGUUGAAGCCAUUCUUGUGUCUCAGCCUCUCAAAUAGCUGGGAUUAUAGGUGUGUGCCCCACACCCGACUAAUUUUUGUAUUUUUAGUAGAGAUGGGGUCUCACCAUGUUGGCCAGGCUGGUCUCAAACUCCUGACCUCAGGUGAUCUGCCUACCUUGGCCUCCCAAAGUGCUGGGAUUACAGGCGUCAGCCACUGCACCAGGCUUUUCAAUGGGUUUUUUUAGAACAAAGUUUAGAAUGAUAUGUUUAUGCCUGUGAACAUUUAUCUUGUUAGAUUAUGCUCAUUAAGCCAUUGGGGUGUUUGGGGAAUUUGAUCAAUGUAUCUUUUCUGUCUCUUCAGUUUCGAAAACUAUCCCUCUGCUGCUGCUUUUCUUCCACUUGUCUUUUCUCAAUAGCUGAUUCUAGUUUGUGUUGCUUCGAUAGAUACGUAUGGCUAAACAUAAACCUUAGACAAUAGAAAAACGUAUUCAUUUGCAAAGCUGCCAGGGUGUUUGGAGUGCUUGAAUCAUAUUGAACUUCAAGAACCAUUAUGUUUCUUUGUCUUUUUGACAGUUAUUGGAGCCAAUUUGUGUGUUUUCAGUUUCUCUUAAACUUUCAGUAUGUAUUUGAAAAGCUUGCAGGCCCCAGUUACUGUGUCUAUAAUGCCUAGUAAGUAAAAUGACCCACAGACCAGUCAAUAAGACAGGGCUUAACAGGAGAGUAAUCCUUGGGCCUCAGUUUCCCAACUGUACAGUGAAAUACUUGGAUUAAUCACCGUGUUUCCACUUGUGCUCUGGAGUUCUGAGUGGUGAGGAGGAUGAAUGGCUUUAACUCUCUGCAUUCCCGUACCCUUCAAUAGAAGAAAUUCCACUGUUACCUUACAUUUUGAGGUUCUGUACAGGAUUCUGCUUAAAGAAAAGGCUCUGCUAAAAAAAAAAAAAAAAAAAAAAGAAGAUUCAUUGGAAACCCCUGCAAAAAAGCAAGGAAGAAAAUGGCUCCCAGAGGACGCUGGGCAGCUUGGAAAGUCUGUAAGUGUCCCUGAUUUCAUGAGUUUGGAGGCCUCUGGUAUUUCAUUUGGUAAAAAGAAGAAGAGCUUAUGCUGUUUGUCUUUUCUUUCUCAAACCUGGACAUAACAAUGGUUAUAAAAGUAAUCACAUUCUUAUUAUUUUGAAGGGAGAAAUAAAUCUAUAAAGCAGAAAUAAAGUUUUUAUAAUCCAUAAUUCUAUUUUGCAUAGAUAAAAAGUAUUCUUAAUAGUUUUAGUAUAUCUUUUGAAAUUAUUUUGUUUGUCCACAACCAUAUUUAUUUACACUUAAAAAAAUGAGACCACACUCAUUCUAGCAGAUUUUAUAACCUGUUGUUUUCACUUUCCAUCAUUUUAUGGAUUUUUUUUUGUGUCAAUACACAUAAGUCUAUUUCAUCCUUUAAGACAAGCUUAUCCAACCCGCAGCCCACAAGCUGCAUGCGGCCCAGGAUGCCUUUGAAUGUAGCCCAACACAAAUUCAUAAACUUUCUUAAAACAUUAUGAGAUUUUUUGUGAUUUUAUUUUUUGUUUUUUUUUCUAAGCUCAUCAGCUAUCGUUAGUGUUAGUGUAUUUUAUGUGUGGCCCAAGACAAUUCUUCCAACGUGGCCCGGGGAAGCCAGAAGAUUGGACACCUCUGCUUUAAGGCUUCUGUGAUAUUUCUCUGUACCAAGAGUUAAUAUUCCUUGUUGCACAGCACAUGGAGUCUAUUCUAAAGUAGACUCUAGUUUUUUUUGUACAUUGCUACUGGCACAGUUUUUUUUUUUUUUUUCAAUAGUUCACUCUUUUUGGGGGUUGUGAUAUGUGGUGUUUUUUUCUGGUUGCUUCCUUUUCCUCUGGUUUGACUACAGAUCAAGACCUGUGUUAUCCCAGUCAAGCUACAGAUACAGAUUGCCCUUUUCUUUCAGACAAUAGCUCUAAUUUAAUGUCCCCUUUCAUAGUUACAAGUCUGUUCUUCAGAACAAAAUCUUGGCAGCCAGAAUUAUACUUGACACUUUAUUCCAGCAUAUUACUGCUGGCGAGAAAGACGGUUGACUUGUUUUGACCCAAGUGAGCUUAGUUCUAAGAGACUAGGAAGGUGGAUGAUGAGCAGCUUUUGGUGGUUUGACAGCCAGCUGCAGAACAUCCAUUGUGGCCAGGACCAAGUAGCUGCUGAUAAAUGUGGGUAUGGUAAAUUACAUUUGAUGGCCUCUUUUCCCCUUCUGUUUUUGAGAAUUUUAUCAAAGAUUACACUGAGAAAGUGGUAUUGAGAAAAAUAUUUUUUAUUCUUAUAGGAUAAUUAUUCUCUUCUCUAGCCUAUACUUCUUGUAAAUGGCAACAUUGGUAGUAGUCAUGGAAAAAUUUUGGUGAUUGGUUUUUUUAAACAGGAAAUAUAGUGUAAAUGUUAUUUAGGUAGUUUUGAUUUCUUUAGGAACUUAGGUAGCAUUUCUCCCCUCCUUCUGUGAGUUUAGUGAUAUCUUUUAUAGACUUAAAUUCUAAAAUGGAGAUGUUAUGCCUAGUUUUAGGUAAAGGCAUUUUAAUUUUAUGUUCAAUUACUUUCUAAAUUUUGCUUUAGUCUUGAAAUAUAAUAUGCUUUUUUACUUUAACAUCCUUAUGUAGGAUUCUAAUUUGAUUUUUUUUCCUUCUUACUACUGUGCCUCUAAUUUUGAUUAUAUGGCAUCUUAAAUUUAAUUUUCUAAGUAAUUCAAGAUACAGUUUAUCUCAAUGAAUUAACUCACAAAGUAAAUAUGGGAAUUUUUUUUGGGACAGGUUCUCACUCUGUCCCCCAGGCUGCAGUUCAGUGACACAGUCUCUGCUCACUGCAGCCUCGACCUCCAUGGCUUUACUGAUCCUCCCUUCUCAGCCUCCCGAGUAGCUGGGAUUAUAGGCGUGCACCACCAUGCCUGGCUAAUUAUUGUGUUUUUAGUAGAGAUGGGGUUUCACCGUUUUGGCCAGGCUACUCUCAAACUCCUGACAAUUUAUGGGGAUUUUGGUUAUUUGAUCUUGACUCUUCCAUAUAUACUUGAUUUCCAGUAAUUGGCAUGGUUCCAGUUUUACAUUUUGUUGUUUCCUUGUUCCUAAAUUUAUAUAAAUAAUAAUUUGUACAGAUUUUCAUACCUUUUAAAAUUCAACUUAAAAUAAUUUUUAUAAAUUCGUUUAAUACAAAUAUAGAAAUGGUGUGCCCAACUCUCCAUUUUCCUUAAAAAGUCAGCCCCUUGUCCCCACAACCCCCCCUUUUUUUUUUUUUUUGCGAGAUGGAGUCUUGCUCUGUCGCCCAGGCUGCAGUGCAGUGGCAUGAUCUCGGGGCUCACUGCAACCUCCACCUCCUGGGUUCAAGCCAUUCUCCUGCCUCAGCCUCCCGAGUAGCUGGGAUUAUAGGUGCAUGCCACCACACCCAGCUAAUUUUUGUGUCUUUAGUAGAAACAGGGUUUCACCAUGCUGGCCAGGCUGGUCUCGAACUCCUGGCCUCAGGUGAUCCGCCUGCCUUGGCCUCCCAAAGUGCUGGGAUUACAGGUGUGAGCCACUGCGCUCUUCCACCCCCCCUUUUUUUUUAAAAAAGUAAUAUUUUUCUCUUUCCAUCUACUGAAAGUGGGAAUGGAUAGUUAGCUAAACAAUUUAAUAUAGGUGAAGAAGAACAUAAAGUCAGUUGAACACUUGCGCUCACAGAAUACUGUAGCUUCACGAGACUGCUUUGGCAACUUUAUGAACUGCAUUUAUUCCUGUGGCUGAGAAUCAUGCUGUCAGACCUCUCAGUUUGUGGGAAUCAACUCUCAAAGUAGCUAUUGUAUAUUAUCUAAGGCAGUGAUGGUGGGGUUGAGGGUUGAGGGAGCAGGAGAUGUAUUAGAGGGACCAGGAUGGGUGGCUGCAGGUACAAUUUGAAAAAUCAAUUCAACAUGCAUACCGUUUUAUAAUACAAAUUCACGGCUGGGUGCUGUGGUUCAUGCCUGUAAUCCAAGUACUUUAGGAGGCCAAGGUAGGAGGAUCGCAUGAGCCCAGGAGUUUAAGACCAGCCUGGCAACAUAGUGAGACCUGGUUCCUACAAAAAAAUUUUUUUAAUUAGCUGGGCAUGGUGGCUCCCGUCUGUAGUCCCAGCUACUCUGGAGGCUGAGGCAGGAGGGUCCCAGGAGGUCAAGGCUGCAGUGAGCCAUGAUUGCACCACUGCACUCCAGCCUAGGUGAUUGAGUGAGACCCUGUCUCUUAAAAGACAAAACCCAAAUUUACCGUACCCCCAGUAAACCCCAAAUUUUGGCUUGAAGAUUAAUUAAUUAAUAGCUUAAUUAUUAAGCUAUUACUACAUAAUAGCUUGCAUUAGCAGUUAAGGAGCCCAAGCAAGUAAUGAGACUGUGCUCGGGUGCAAAGGGUGGGACUCUGAUGGAGCAGCUGGAAUACUUGAUUGAGAAGCAGGAGAUAGGGGUUCAAGUUUUGGAUUUGCCACCAAUUACAGAUGUGACUUUGGGUAACUCACUGGGUCUUUCUUGGUCACAAUUUGGAAAAUGAGAACAUCAAACUAGAUAGUCUCCAAAGUCUUAAGCAUUUUAGGUUUGCCUCUGGUUAAAGGAAUGCUCUGUGGACAGUUGGAUUUGACCAGUUAUCAAGGUAAGAUUAUAUCUUUGGGAACCAAAGUAAACAGUUCCAGAUUUUUCAGCCAGUCUUCAUCAGGGUGUGUUAUUUGUACAUCCUAACAAAUCACAGAGCCAUGGAGACCUUAUGAUGAAUAACCAUAAGCCUCCUGGCUCUUCCCUUUUCUUGCCAUCCCAGUCCUACUAUCCAGAGACAGCCUUUAAAAACUAUUUCACUAUUUCUGUUUUUAGCUUCGCUUGUGGUUACUUCCAUAAGUCUUAAUAAUGUGUUUAGACUUCUGUUCCUUGAUUUAUCAACUUUAGAUGAUACCUGUGAAGUUUUUGAUGUGAAAAAUGAGAAUUUAACUCACUUUUUUACCCCUGUCAUUAUUUGAUAUUUAUAUUACUUUGAAAGUCAUUUAUUAAUUAUCUUUAUAAUUUUAAAUGAUAAACUUUAAUUUUUUGAUCCAUCAACUUCCUGUAGGGCCUCUUAACUUGCCAUUUUGGAAAAUGGGAUUGUAAAUACCCCCUUCACGUCCCUCUUUUUAUAUUCUACCUUCUGACACCUGUACUCAACUUGCAUAUUGUCUAGGUUAUAAAAGGUUAAUAUUUUUAUUCUGUCUUCCAUUCACCACCAAGUAUUGUGUGCUUUCCUUUAUAUUUAGAUAGCUGUUUUUAUUGCAUUCGCUUUCUCUGCCUGCUGUGAACAUAUGCAGAAUCAUAAGUGUACGAUUACUCAAAAUGUUUAUGUCUUUUAAAAGCUAAGGAAGUAAUUUGGUAUGUGCUUAAAGACUCAGCUUAUUUUAUUUUAUUUUUAUUUAUUUAUUUUUUUGAAAUGGAGUCUCGGUUUGUCACCGAGGCUGGAAUGCAGUGGCGUGAUCUCGGCUCACUGCAACUUCCACCUCCUGGGUUCAAGCGAUUCUACUGCCUCAGCCUCCCGAGUAGUUGGGACUACAGUAGAACUUCAUGGAGGAACACGGAGUGACCCAAACCGAACAUAUGGCUACCAUAGAAGCACAUGCAGUGGCCCAGCAAGUGCAGCAGGUCCAUGUGGCUACUUACACCGAGCACAGUAUGCUGAGUGCUGAUGAAGACUCGCCUUCUUCUCCCGAGGACACCUCUUACGAUGACUCAGAUAUACUCAACUCCACAGCAGCUGAUGAGGUGACAGCUCAUCUGGCAGCUGCAGGUCCUGUGGGAAUGGCCGCUGCUGCUGCUGUGGCAACAGGAAAGAAACGGAAACGGCCUCAUGUAUUUGAGUCUAAUCCAUCUAUCCGGAAGAGGCAACAAACACGUUUGCUUCGGAAACUUCGAGCCACGUUAGAUGAAUAUACUACUCGUGUGGGACAGCAAGCUAUUGUCCUCUGUAUCUCACCCUCCAAACCUAACCCUGUCUUUAAAGUGUUUGGUGCAGCACCUUUGGAGAAUGUGGUGCGUAAGUACAAGAGCAUGAUCCUGGAAGACCUGGAGUCUGCUCUGGCAGAACACGCCCCUGCGCCACAGGAGGUUAACUCAGAACUGCCGCCUCUCACCAUCGACGGAAUUCCAGUCUCUGUGGACAAAAUGACCCAGGCCCAGCUUCGGGCAUUUAUCCCAGAGAUGCUCAAGUACUCUACAGGUCGGGGAAAACCAGGCUGGGGGAAAGAAAGCUGCAAGCCCAUCUGGUGGCCUGAAGAUAUCCCCUGGGCGAAUGUCCGGAGUGAUGUCCGCACAGAAGAGCAAAAGCAGAGGGUUUCAUGGACCCAGGCACUACGGACCAUAGUUAAAAACUGUUAUAAACAGCAUGGGCGGGAAGACCUUUUGUAUGCCUUUGAAGAUCAGCAAACGCAAACACAGGCCACAGCCACACAUAGUAUAGCUCAUCUUGUACCAUCACAGACUGUAGUCCAGACCUUUAGUAACCCUGAUGGCACUGUCUCGCUUAUCCAGGUUGGUACGGGGGCAACAGUAGCCACAUUGGCUGAUGCUUCAGAAUUGCCAACCACGGUCACCGUUGCCCAAGUGAAUUAUUCUGCCGUGGCUGAUGGAGAGGUGGAACAAAAUUGGGCCACGUUACAGGGAGGUGAGAUGACCAUCCAGACGACGCAAGCGUCAGAGGCCACCCAGGCGGUGGCAUCGUUGGCAGAGGCCGCAGUGGCAGCUUCUCAGGAGAUGCAGCAGGGAGCUACAGUCACUAUGGCGCUUAACAGCGAAGCUGCCGCCCAUGCUGUCGCCACCCUGGCUGAGGCCACCUUACAAGGUGGGGGACAGAUCGUCUUGUCUGGGGAAACCGCAGCAGCCGUCGGAGCACUUACUGGAGUCCAAGAUGCUAAUGGCCUGGUCCAGAUCCCUGUGAGCAUGUACCAGACUGUGGUGACCAGCCUCGCCCAGGGCAACGGACCAGUGCAGGUGGCCAUGGCCCCUGUGACCACCAGGAUAUCAGACAGCGCAGUCACCAUGGACGGCCAAGCUGUGGAGGUGGUGACAUUGGAACAGUGACAUACAGCCAUAUUAUGGCAUCGUUUUCUAGUCUACUUCAAAAUUUUUUACACGUUUGCAGAGGUGCAAUCAAAUGGAAUUAAGUCUCUCGACUUUGGAAGAAAAGUUUUGUUAACCUUUUUUUUUUUAAAAGGAAGAAAGACAGCGGAUUUUGGAAUUGCAUUUUUUAAAGCACCACUCUUGAUUUUCUGGGAUUGGUGAAGAAACUGCAUUGUCAAUUUCACUGUCCCAAAAAAGCCAAAUUGUGGCAGGACUUCUUUCUGCGGAAAUGUGUGUGUAUACUUAUGUGUGUGUAUGUGUGAGUGUGAAUAUAUGUAUAUGUGUACAUAUGGACAUACACAUUUACAUAUAUAUAAAGUAUAUAUAUACAUAUAUAUAUAUGUAUGAAACCCGCAUGGAAUUAUCUGUAUGAAUUCAAGGUGAGCUGUGGAAACAAUAAUUCACCCAGUUUAGUGGGUGGUAGGGUACGUGGCCAGACACAGUCACCCAGUUUUUGUUCAUACCAGGGUCAUGCGUUGAGCUACUGACAAACUCAGGCGGAGGUGACCAUGCCCUUCACCAAAGCUGCCUCCCAGUGGCCACACAGAACUCUCCCUGCUGGACUCACCUGAGGAAAGAGGCUCCAGCAUGGGGUGGGUCAGAGAUGUGCUUGCAAGGUCCAGGGGCUGCGUGGUCUGCCAGCUGAGAUGCUCCUCGGGCUGGCCCAGGUGCUGACCUUGCCACAGGCAGAUGAAUGUCUUGAAAGCUCCCGGGCCUCAGCCUCCCAUCUCCUCUCCUUCCCAGGAAUCCUUGAUCUCAUGACUAUUAAAAUGUUGCUCUGGUUUUAAGGUCAGUCCUGAAUUGCUCGUAUAUAUGAACUGAAGGUAACCGAAGUAUUAGGGGUUUGAGGAGUGCGUGCGUGUAAGUGUGCUUGUGUGUGUGCGUGCAUGGUGGGGGAGAGGAUGGGAAGGGGGCGGGGUGGUGGAAGGGAAAGGAAGGAAAGAAAAAUCGUCCUAGACCAGGAUACACCCGUGGGAGCAAUUUUCUCUGCUGUCUGUAGCUUCACAGAGGAGGCGCUGGAACGAACAAGAAGGGACAUCUGGUCUGUGGCCACAGCACCCUGAACGCCCCUGAUCUUGUGUGAUCUUGGAAGCUAAGCUUGGUUGGGCCCGGUCAGUAUGCGGAAGGGAAGAAGGGACACCUGGCCAUAGAAAACAGCUGAGGGUGUUUGCUGUGUUCCUGGAUCAGGCCCUGCUUCAGAAGGGACUCCUGGAGGCCCAUGUUCCUUGACGCAGCCUCGUGGCCCAGGCCGGGAGCAGCUUGCCUCCUCAGAGGUGUUGACUAUCUGGGUGUUCUUGGUAACCGUUAACUCUGUCUUUCUCAGCUGCAAGCCCUGAGUCUCCAGUAGCUGAAGUCACCUGACUUUUCAACAGGCCAAAUCUCUGAACCUUGAGUACAGGGACAGCUCCUCCUCCCUCCUCCCAGCUCUCCCCAUGUGUGUGAUAGUGUAUUUAAUGUGUUUUUUUAAUGCGACAUUAAAAGAUUCUCCACGUCUUGCUCAACCUUUGAGAGAAGUUUCAGAUUCUUGUAUUUGCUUGUUUUAUAUGAAACUAUCUAAUGUUCUUUAUAUGUUCUUUUCUGUACGUAAUGGGGGGAGGGGAGGGAAAUUUACAUAUAAAUAGUCCUAGUUCUACAAUUUGUUAUUUUUUUAAUUAUUAUUUUUUAUCGUCAUUGUGAAGUUGUCCAGGGACUUUAAAGUCCAUGUUCCUUUGUGGUGAAAUAACCUCCAAAUAGUUUGAGAAGUUGCCAAGACGAAGAAAAAAGCAAAACCCCAGUAGCAGAGCAUGGAUUCUGUGUUGUUUCCCAUUCUGUCUUUGACUGCCUCAUUCAAUAAAUAGUUAAAAAUGUGGCAA